AAACAGGCCGAAGCCCAGAGCCGAGUACCGAACGCAAGACACGGCGUCGUAUUGACGAGCCCUCCCAACCUAAACGUAAUACAAACCCUGAGGUAGUAGUGAACUUCCCGAUCUAGGGUUUUACUCAACACUCCCACUCUUCCAUUUUCACUCCAGAGAGCUAUAAUAUAUACAUUCACACAUCUGCAUAUCCAUAUUUUAUAUACUAAAUGGCGAUCGGUAAUCCUGAUAUUCUCGGUGAUCGACAGUCUGGUCAGGAUGUUCGCACUCAAAAUGUUAUGGCAUGUCAAGCAGUUGGUAAUAUUGUGAAGACAUCACUAGGCCCUGUUGGUCUUGACAAGAUGUUAGUUGAUGAUAUUGGUGAUGUAACUAUCACAAACGAUGGUGCUACAAUACUGAAGAUGUUAGAAGUUGAACAUCCUGCUGCUAAGGUUCUUGUUGAAUUGGCUGAACUUCAAGACAGAGAAGUUGGAGACGGGACAACUUCAGUCGUAAUUAUAGCCGCAGAGUUGCUUAAAAGAGCAAAUGAUCUUGUGCGAAACAAGAUACAUCCAACAUCCAUAAUUAGUGGAUACAGACUUGCAAUGAGGGAAGCAUGUAAAUAUAUUGAGGAAAAAUUGGCCGUAAAGGUUGAGAAGCUUGGAAAAGACUCUCUUGUAAACUGUGCCAAGACAAGCAUGUCAUCAAAGUUAAUUUCUGGUGACAGUGACUUCUUUGCAAACUUGGUUGUGGAAGCAGUACAAGCAUGUAAGAUGACCAAUGCACGCGGUGAAAUUAAAUAUCCAAUAAAGGGUAUUAAUAUAUUGAAGGCACAUGGAAAAAGUGCUAAAGAUAGCUACUUGCUAAAAGGUUAUGCUCUUAAUACUGGUCGUGCUGCACAAGGCAUGCCAAUGAGAGUUGCUCCUGCCCGAAUUGCCUGUCUCGACUUUAACCUUCAGAAGACUAAAAUGCAGAUGGGUGUUCAAGUUUUGGUCAGUGAUCCUCGGGAGUUGGAAAAGAUUCGACAAAGGGAAGCUGAUAUGACAAAAGAGAGAAUCGAGAAGCUUUUGAAGGCCGGAGCCAAUGUUGUUUUAACGACAAAGGGAAUUGAUGAUAUGGCAUUAAAGUACUUUGUUGAAGCUGGUGCAAUUGCUGUCCGCCGUGUUCGGAAGGAGGAUUUGCGUCAUGUUGCCAAGGCUACUGGUGCCACUGCAGUUUCUACAUUUGCUGAUAUGGAAGGAGAUGAAACGUUUGAUUCGUCCUUUCUCGGACAUGCAGAUGAGGUGGUGGAAGAGCGUAUUGCUGAUGAUGAUGUAGUUAUGAUAAAAGGAACCAAAAAUUCAAGUGCGGUUUCACUAAUACUAAGAGGUGCCAAUGAUUAUAUGCUUGAUGAGAUGGAUAGGGCAUUGCAUGAUGCUCUGUGCAUAGUCAAGAGGACAUUGGAAUCGAACACGGUGGUCGCUGGUGGAGGUGCAGUUGAGGCUGCUUUGUCUGUCUAUCUGGAGUAUCUUGCUACAACUCUAGGUUCUCGUGAACAGUUGGCAAUUGCGGAGUUUGCUGAAUCGUUAUUAAUCAUUCCUAAGGUUCUUUCAGUGAAUGCUGCAAAGGAUGCAACCGAGUUAGUGGCAAAGUUGCGUGCUUACCAUCACACAGCACAAACCAAGGCAGAUAAGAAGCAUUUGUCAAGCAUGGGGUUGGACCUGGUGAAGGGAUCAGUGCGUAACAACUUAGAAGCUGGUGUGAUUGAACCUGCAAUGAGCAAAGUAAAGAUAUUACAGUUUGCAACCGAAGCAGCAAUAACUAUUCUUCGAAUUGAUGACAUGAUAAAGUUGGUCAAAGAUGAAAGCCAAGAUGGACAGGAUUAGUCUGCUUUGACAUGUGCAAGUACCCUGGCCGUAUUGCUUGUGGGGAAACUUAAGAAAGUAUGCAUUUCUGGAUUGUGCGUAAGAUGGCCACCAUUGUUGAUCCUAAUGUUUUCAGUGAAGCUUUUGUGGCAGUUGUAUUCUGAUGGUCAUUGAGAACAUGAGAACUCGUGGCAAUAUUGUUUUUUCCAUUUGUCUAAAAAUUUUAUUAGUUUGUAAUCUAGAAAGUUUUGCAGUUUGUAUUUUAAAAUUUCUGAGAUCGUUAGCAAAUGGAAAAGCACUGACUCUUUUUGUACUA